AUAUAUAUACAUAUACUCCAUAAAACUCCGAAAAGGGCUGGCGUAUCGGGUUUUCUGCAUUUUCCCUAAAAUUGCAUUCGCUCCUUCUCUCACAACCACGCAGCAACAUUUUUUCCCCCCUUCUCCCUUUUGAUUUGCCAAUUCGGGAUUUUGGGUUGGGACUUAGGGUUUUUGAGCUGGAAAUUUUUUGGCGAUUUUAGUACACAAUGUACGCUGAUCAAAUUGAGGCUCAAGCUAAUAGGUCGGUCAAGGAUCGCCUUGAAGGAAAUUCCGCCGCCGGUCCCGGCCGCCGCAGAACUAUCUCCGGCAAGAGACAAAGAGAAGACGAUGACAAAUGGGAACAUGACCUUUUCGAGGGCAGCGAACCCCAAGUCUCAGGUCGAAAGGUUGGUGUCAGAGAUCUUCGCCUGAAGCUCCAAAGAAAGAGUAUCGAGCAAGCUUCACAAAGUGGGCGGGGACCUGGAGGUGGAAGGGAUUUACGUGAGAAGCUCUCUGGUGCACUCUAUUCUCGUCCUGUUGAGUACAAGCCUCCAGCAGUGCGGCCAAAGCCUGCAACCGAAACCAGUAGACCACCCAGGAAGAGUGUUGUAGCGCAAGCCCCUGCCUCAGAAGCCAAGGUUUCUAGCUCUGUAUCAAAGAAAAAGGUUCAGCAGAAGGUCGAUUCUGUGGAAAGUUUCCUGCAGUCGCUGGGUCUUGAUAAAUAUUCGAUUACCUUUCAGGCUGAAGAAGUUGAUAUGGCGGCGCUAGUACACAUGAGUGAUGAAGAUCUUAAAGCUAUGGGAAUUCCAAUGGGUCCAAGAAAAAAGAUACUUCUGGAGUUGGAGUCUAAGCGUGAUGACUGAGUGGGGUAAGUCCGUUUUGCGUUCGUGGAUGUGGGGGUCGUAUCAAUUGUUGGUGAACCCUAAUCAGGGUUUCUCUUUUUGUGUUAUUACAACUUUCAUGUAGUUUUUCUAUGGUAGUUUCAAGUUUCUGUUGAUGAAUGCGUGGCUUGAAUGAACUUAUCAUUGUAAUUGAAAUAUAAAUCAUAUAAAAUGGGACCUUUUUGGAUGGUGA